AUGCCUUUGCCUGCCUCGGAACGAACACCGCUUCUUCGCUCUGUGUCGCAAUGCCAACAGAGUGCCACAGACAUUGCUGGAGAUGAAGUCACAGCUGCAGAAGUAGCACAGCAAGGCCAAGGAGCCGCACCCCAGUUCCCGGCUGUGGAGAACGACCAAAGCAACUCGCAUGGGCAGUCAUUCGCGUCUGUAAGCCAUUCUGCAACAGGGCAAGAGACAGAGGAGUUGGCCAAAUUCGAACAAGAUGGCAAGCUUCAAGGCGUCGGGCUCUGGAGAUUUCGAUGCGUGUUUGGAGGCAUCUUGUUGGGGUACUUUAUUGCCAUGUUUGAUUCUACCCUCAUGGCUUCAAGCCACCCAGUCAUUACAUCCUACUUUCAUGCAUCCAACUCUGCAUCCUGGUUGUCGACUGCCUUUUUGCUUACCUCGACCUCGCUUCAGCCUUUGAUGGGCCGAUUUUCAGACACCUUUGGUCGUCGGCCUCUGUAUUUAGCUGGCCUCGCUCUGCUUGCAGCUACGACGGCGUGGUGUGCUCUUGCACAGAGUAUUGCAAGUUUUAUUCUUGCGCGGGCCUUUUGUGGUAUUGGUGCAGCUGGCGUGCUGUCAAUGGGCAACAUCAUGACUAAUGAUCUUGUCAGCAUAGAGGUGCGAGGUAAAUACCAGGCAUACAUUAAUCUCUUUUAUGGAGGUGGAUCUGCCUGUGGUGCUGCAUUUGGUGGAUUUUUGUGCGACAAGUUAGGUUGGCGGAUGACUUUUGCUCUGCAGGUACCGGUCAUUCUCAUCCUCCUGAUCAACGCCAUUGUUAUGACGCCGUCUAAUCUUGGGCCCAAUCUAGCAGAACGGUUUGGAUUGGGCUUCCGAGACGCAAUGAAUGGCUUUGAUAUAGCAGGGUCGGUCUUGCUGACCAUAUCUGUUGCAUUUCUGAUCUUAGGUCUGAAUCUUGGAGGCAACGUCUACGCAUGGAAACACUGGUUUGUUAUUACUUCACUUGUAGUAGCACUUGUUACCGGUGUCGUGCUCAUCAGAGUCGAGUCGAGAGCUACGCGGCCAGUCAUGCCGCUGCCCAUGUUAUUCAGCGAACCACGCGGCAAUCUCGUCUUCAACAACUUUUUCGCUCAGAUUGGCAUGAACACAAUCCUGUUCAACGCUCCAUUGUAUUUCCAGGCUGUCGAGCUCGAGAGUGCGUCCGUAUCAGGCUUCCGUCUUGCCGGUCCUUCAGUUGCGCUAACUGUCUGUGGCGUGUCGGCUGGCUUCAUUAUGACUGCCACGGGUCGCAUGAAGUGGCUUAUUGUCGUUGGCUCACUAUCAAUGCUGCUGGGUGCUACAUGUCUCUCUUUGAUGUUCAAUGUGCCAAAGUGGCUCGCCACUGUCUUCUUAGUCCCAUCAAGCAUCGGUCAAGGCUUGAGCUUUCCAGCAACAAGUCUCGCUGUUCUUGCGACAAGCACUCAGGAAGAUCAGGCGGUCAUGAGCAGCACACUCGUUCUGUGGCGUAGCCUGGGCAUCGUCAUGGGAGUGUCACUGAGCAGUCUCAUCUUGCAGAACGCGUUGGCAACAUAUCUCGAUAGACUGGUCACUGGGCAUGAUAAGGCCAAGAUCAUCCAACGUGUCCGCAGCUCAGUUCGCAGCAUAGUUGACCUAGACGUCAAACAUCAAAGCCAGGUCAUUGAAGCCUAUAGUCGUAGCCUGCGUCUAGUCUUCAUCUCGGCGGUGGCCACGUUUGUCAUUGUCAAUGCACUAGUUUUUGCGAUUAAAUUACCGCACUUGAAGAAGAAGAAACAGCCUAUCUCCGAGGAUGGCGAAGAGAAUGAGCGGUGA